CAAGUUUAUUAUAGAAUAUUGGAAACGAAUAUGUUUUGGGACGAAUUAACAGAAACUCAGUCACCGGAAGUGUCAAGUAUGGCUGCAUGUUUUUGCUGUUUACGAUGUUGUUGGAAUGGUACCGGCUUCAAUUCAGGGCACAUCCCUUUAAAGGAAAUCCCCACAGUGAAAUUAGACACUGCAGUUAUGGGGAAUGAUGUGGUAAUUGUCAAGAAUGGACGUCGAAUCUGUGGAACAGGAGGAGCCCUUUCCAAUGCGCCCAUUGCACAGGAUAAGGCUUAUUUUGAAGUGAAGAUUCAAAGUUCUGGUGUGUGGGGGGUUGGAUUGGCUACACAGAGGUGUAAUUUAAACAUAAUGCCCCUCGGAAACAACACUGAAUCCUGGGUCCUCAGACAUGAUGGGACGUUAUUUCAUGACAAACAACAAAGAGGCAAGCUGUCAGAAACUCCACAGGAGGGAGAUGUACUGGGUUUCACCUAUGACCAUGUCCAGCUGAACUUCUACAUGAAUGGCCGACCCCUAUCCUGCCCUUUCACGGGAAUGAAGGGUACUUUAUAUCCAGUAUUUUAUGUGGACGAAGGGGCAGUCAUUGAUGUCCAGUUUGACAAAUUCUACCACCUGCCCCCCGAUGGAUUCGACAGCAUCAUGAUAGAACAGUCUCUGCUGUGACUUUGUUUAAUGAUAAAUCUGACGGUCAAAAGUUGUUAGGGUUCGUGCUGUAAUGGCAACGUCAUAUUGUUGGAAAUGUAACUUAUGUGGAGGUCGUAAUCUUACGAGCCAUGUUGUUAUUAUGUGGGUUAUACAGAUUUCAAUCAGCAUGGGCCAUGACUGGGAUAUGGAAUAUGGAGAUUGUUUAUUUUGAUGUUAAGUACUAUGUGGGGCAGCAAGUCAUGAAAAUGUUUUUGGAAAUAUAAAGUAACACUGAAUUAUAGUACCACGCAGUCCUCCAACCCACGCUGUGUAACAAUGUUACUAGUCAAUUUGAUAUCAUUUUUCGGUCCAUUGAUCUUCUUGACCUUGCAUGUAAGACUAGCACAUACUCCUGCUGAUUAACGCUUAAUACCCACCACAUUUGUGUACAGACAUUCCUACUAAUAUUGUGAUAGCAAAAACUCCAUCCUCCCCUUCCUCGAUCAUUACUAUAUAGAUAUGUGCAAUACGCUUUAUUUCAUGUUAUUCAUUAGAUACAAGUUUGACAUCUUAGUUGUAAAUAUUGUACACGUUUUACCAUUGAACGCAUCGCUCCAACAGUUCUUAUAAUCACUACUGUCACACACUGUUUAAGUGUACCACAUACAGCCACAAACCAAACAUUUCUCCUUCCUGAAAAAUAUUUCUUGAAAACCGGUAUGCACCAUUAGUUUCUUUAGUCAAUGCGAUUCAGUUAUCCAGAUGAUUUAGCCUGGAAUAAGUAUCUUGAUUAACGGGUAGGACUGAUUUGUGAAGUGUUUAAAACUGAUUAGAGACAAAGCUGAGAGAACAUCCCUGUAGACACCCACUCUCCAUGUGACAGUCCUCGUCAGUUUAAAUCAUUACCCCUGUAGACAUCCGCUCUCCAUGUCACAGUCCUUGUCAGUUUAAAUCAUUAGCGACAAUCGAGGAGUCUGGUCAAAUACGCUCCUCCCCCCCCCCCCCCCCAUCCCCUAAAAAAAGAACCUGUACAUAAACUAUUAGGCAACUACUGAACAUGUUUUUUAUUCGUUUGGUUGAUGCAGUGCAUUGAUGUACAUUAUGUAUUUAUUUUGUACUUCAAAAUAUUGGUUUAUAUAUGAUUAGCGAUUUUACAGGUUGUAAUCAGUGAUUAAGGUAGCUCACUUCAUCAAAACUUUUUCAUUUUAAUACACUACGUCACAAGAUGGCUAUUGUCAAGUUUUGUGAAAUUGUAUCGAUCGAUUUGUUUGUAUAUCUGGUAUAUGUAGCUCAGUGGACAAGGUAUCAGGUUACUGCUCCACAGAUCCCGAGUUCACCUCCGCCACUUUCUUUUGUGUUAUUUAUUGAAAUAAUUUUUUUGAAAAUUACGUUUUUUCUUUAAAAUUGCAAAUCUUUUCCCUUUAUGACAUAUGUACUAAUUACAUAUUGUAAUAUCUUUCAGGAUUAAAUCAUUUCAUGCUGAUUUGAUAAACAUUUUUUUGUAGUGAGCCACCUUAUGCUUUGAAGAUUUGUGUACAUUAUUAUAUGAUGUUAUGUGAUCUUACCAUGGUAAGAAAUCUAAUUAUAUCUCAUCAUGUAUCAAUAGAAAUGUACAAGUUGUGCUGUAAUCUUUAUCGACAGUACAGUAUUCAUUUUAAAGGUCAAUAAAUGCACAAUUUUA